ACGAAUUUAUGAAUGAGCAACAAAGUGAGCAGAAAGAUGCCAAGAGCCGGUUAGAAGUGAAAAAAGAAGCAGCAGUGUGGGAGCUUUUCACAAGUGAAUGCACAUACUUUCUGGAUCAUUUGCUGGUUCUCAAGAUGAUAUUUAUGAACACUCUAAAAUACCUCCAGAGUAAUGAAUUUCUCUUGGACGUGGAUUUGUGGAGACUUUUCGCAAACUUAGAGGAGUUAAACAAGAUAAGUCUCAGUUUUCUGAAAAUGUUUUUUGAAACUGUGAAGAAGCAUGUCAGCAAGUCAAACUCUCCCAUGGAUUUCAGCUCCAUACUCAGAACGUUUUUCCAGGGUGACCUCUGCCAGACACACCAGAUUUAUUGCCUUAAUUAUACCUCUGCUGUCUUCUACUUGGAAAAACUGAGACAGAGAGAAGAUUUUGGCAUCUACCUGAAGUGGUGUGAACAAAAUGAACAGUGCAAGAGGUUGCAUCUGCCAGAGCUGCUGGUUGCUCCUCUGCAUCGACUGACACGGUAUCCCCUCCUCCUCAACAACAUCUGGAAGAGAAGCACUGAUGAAACAGAGAAGAGUUUUAUCCAGUCACUUAAAGAGAAGGUGGAAAAAUCUAUAAGGGAUCUGGAAGGUAAAGUCAAGUGGUUGGACAACUUUCAGAAGUUCAGGCAGCUGCAAGAGGUCAUAAUUUGGCCUCAGGUCUGGGAUCGUGACAAAAGGUUCUUUGUCCCAGAGUGUUUGAAGCAAAACUUAAGAGAAAACAGCAGUGAGAACAUUUUGUCUUCAGCAAGCAGACUUCUCCUUCAUGAAGGGAGGCUGAUGCUAGCAGAAAGCACAAGACUCCUUGACGUCUAUCUCUUUUUAUUUGAUGAUUUCCUACUGAUUACCAAAAUUAAACGUAACAAAAAGAAAUAUGGAGGCUCAGACACCAGCUUAAUCCCUGUCUGUCCUUCCCUCACUCCUGAGCUGCAGUCCUUCAUAAGAGAGGGGGGAUUUUGCACAGUCCUAGACCAGCCCAUCCCACUAGACAGACUUGUACUGAAAAAUGUUGAACCCAUCCAAGUUACAGUCUCCAGCCUGAGAAAUGCUUUUCUAAUUCAGCAUGAGAACAGGUAUCAACAGUGCAUAGCAGUCUUCUUGCUACAAGCUCAGACAGAAACUGCCAAGAAAGCAUGGAUGUCACAGAUAGAAACAGCAAUCUCCAAUUACACCACACAACAUCAAACCAAGAAAAGCACUGCUUUCUGCUUCCCUACUGAAUCCUCUGAAAUUUAAUAAUGUCAGCACUGCUCUGACAGAGCCAGUGGAAGACUAUUGUGGUGAUAAUAUGGCUAUUUCUUUCAAAAUGCCUUAGGUCUCUGAAGCUACCAGAUUUCUGACUUGACAAAAAUAUGGCGCAUAGACAACACCAAGUCAGAAUAAAUUGGAGGAGGGGAAUGAAGCAUGCAACAGAUGUAUCACUUUGUUUCACCUAGGGAAGGCUCUUGCCACUUGCCACAAUUUAAUAGAGACUGUCAUUUGCUAGAAAGCAUGACAGGGAAAAAAAACCCUGGGUUGGUAAGGACAACUCAUUCACCAGAGAAGUUUAGAAGGGUUAUUGCAUCAUUCAAACUGUAUUAAUAAAUUCCAUUAAAUUAGAAUUGUGUAGCCAUAGCUCCUGAUAUUUAUGUGUCUCUACCCACUACCCUAUAAUAUCACGAGAUGGUUUUUACAUUAAUACUAAGCCUGUGUGUGUAUCUAUUCAUAUGUAUGCACUUACCUGUUCCAGUGCUCUUCAGAUACAGCCUGGCCACUGUGAUAGACAAAUUCCUGCUCUUCCCCUACAUCUAUCAUGGGCAAGUUUUUGUCACGGCUUUCUAGGAAAGGAACAGCCAUCAGGCUCCAUGCCAAGUGGUGAAUGUGUGAAGCAGGAGGGCAGAACAGAGUGCAGACAGAUCUGUACCAGAGCAUCACACAAGCUGCCAAUGCCUCACCAAAGCUUGGCUGACAUAGCUGUGCUCCAUCCCACCAACCCCAUGCUCAGCUGUACACCACAUCACACCGAGGGCUCACCAAAACCUCACAGCAUCCUGAAACCAGUGCUGACAGGAUAAAGAUAUUUCAAGCCCAGAGUCGUCACACCCGACAGACUAAAGUCUGUGCUUUGUGUGCUGGCAGAAAGGAGAGGGUAUUUCACUUUGUAUACUUUUUACCAAAACAAUCUUUAGCCAGGUCUACUCACUUUACCAGACAAGCAAUCAUUCCUGGAGACCAGCAUAUCUCCAAGGAGGACAGCCCAGGGGAAGGAAGUAUUCACACAUGGGCUUCUCUUCAUGGAGAGCUCAAUAGGUUUUUCUGUGGUAUGCAGAGAAAGACACCUCAGGAAGCAGUUGAGGCAGAAACAGACUUCCCAAUUCAAACUGCCUUUCAGAGGAGACCUCUCCUCUCCAUCUCUCUCCAUAUCUAAACAGAGCCCCUGCUUCAAUAGCUAAACAUGGGUUGUUUGGUUGUGCCUCCAUAAUUCAAUAGUGGCUUUGUCACAGGACUGAUUUCCCACAU